AUGACUUCGCCACGCCAAAUCAAGUUAGAGGCUGAGGAGAUAGAACCGGCAACCAAGAAAGUCGCGGGUAACGAGUACUGGAUAGACGCAAUCGGCACCAAAAUUGUGCGCCUUGAGGUCGGCACAGGUUUCGAUCAAGUAGUCUUCAACGUCCAUAAGGCAAUACUUUGCAACAAGAUCGCAUUUUUUGAUAAAAUGUUCAAUGGAAAGUUCUUGGAAGGCAUAACUCAUUGUGCCAAGAUGCCCGAGGACAAUAUCGAAGCCUUUAAACUGAUGCUCGGCUGGGUAUACAGUGGAGUCAUCGAGCCAGGAAUUGGUCUAACCUUUGCAGAUGGUAAUUCCGCCAGCACACCACUCUUGGAGCUGCUGAUACUCGCGGAAAAAUACGACAUCAACCCACUUGUUGAUGUCACGAUGGACUACCUGAUCAAUCUCCUCCAAGAGAAGAGAAUAAUCAUUGGCGAGUCCCUGUGGGUGUAUACAUAUAAGCAUACACGUCGAACAUCGAAGCUUCGAUUAUUCUUCACAAGAUUAGCCAUCUACGCGAUGCGCUUCAAGGAUGGAGAAUUUACGAGUAAUCCUAAAUUCUGGACCCUGAAAGAGAUACACUCGAUAUUAGCGCAGAAUUCAGAGAUACUCAUGGAUUAUCUCGCUUUGACUCAAGGGGUGAAGCUCCAAGAAGAUCCAUUGAUAGCACCACCUUGCGACUACCAUCGCCACGCGGCUAACGAGGAAUGCCCACAUAAGCCGAAGACAAUCGCCCACUUUACCAAGGAGAGUAGGAAUAGGCCGAACGACCUGAAUAGCGUAUGA